GUAAAUUGUGGUCUGCCAUCAAAGGAAAACGAACAUCACCGAUUUGCGUCGGCUAUUGUCGUCACCAAUCUUCAUGGCCCGUCUGUGUCGGCUAUCUUACUCGCCAGUCUUCAUCGGCUGUCUUCCCACCGAUGUAAAUCUCUUCCCUUCCAUUCUAUACACGAAUCAAUGGAUUGUGGUAAGCUGCCAUAUUUCGUAGAUGUUCAACAGAUUCGCCCCAAAUAAUAGUGGGUUUUGUUUGAAUACAGUACUAAUUGCUCUGAUCUGUUAGUUUUUUAAGAUAUGUUCGCAUCAACUCUAUGAUAUGUGAAUUUUAGGGUCAGAUCUUUUGGGUUGAAUGAAACCAAGACAGUGUGGGUGGUCUUUUUCUUUUUGUACAUGUUCACUCAUCAUCUCAUGUACUUUAGAGGUUCAUUUUCUGCAGUCCUAAUUCACUUCUAGAGUAGAGAAGUUCCAUCGAGAUUUCUUGUAUUGAUGAUAUUUUUGGGCAUUUUUCUUUGGCUGUGAUAAGGAUAAUGGUUGUGCUAAUUUUUGAGUUCAGUUUAAAAGGUUUAUCUUACGAACAUAUGAUCAGUUCAUUGGAUACUUUUAACAAAUUUAACAAUUUGUGAAGGUUUGAUUUUUUUGGAAAUACCAUACCAAAUUAACAUUUCCCACUAAUUUCAGCAAAGUCACUCUUUGGUGGUUAUAAUUUUCUGGGAGACACUUUACCAAAUGAUCUUACCAUAGUCAUUGCCAGAAAAGAAAAGCAUACACUUUACAGCAUUUGUCAGCAGGGGCGAAACUAGGAAUUUUUUCUGGGAGAGGCCAACAUAUAUGUGUAUAAAAUCCAUAGUUAGUUUUGAUACAUUACUAAUUUAACAUAAUUUCUUGUAUAAGCAUUGCAAAAGAAGUAUUUUACUAGAAAACUAAUAAAUCUCAGAAGUAGUUUUUCUCAGUUUUUAAAAGUUUUGAACUAUUGAUUAUAUCUCACUAUGCAAUAAGUUCAUUCUUUUAGUUUAUUUAUUUAUCAAAUUUGGGUGAAAAAUUAGUUAUAAGCUUGAAAUGAUAUGGGAUGCUCCAACUGCUUUUUCAUCAAAUUUAAGUAAAAGCUUGAUUUGGUGAAAAAUUUUGAAUGCUCCAAUCCUCCCUAAAAAAUUUCAUCAAAUCCAUUUUGAAAAUUGGGUUUGGCUUCUCAAGUUCAAAUCUCAACUUGAGAGAACUAGAAAUGUGAACUUGAGGGGCUCGUGGGGCCCGCUACAGGUUAUGUUUCAAUGAUCCGAACCGUUCAUGUAGGGACCUCCGUGUAUAUCAUCCAUGAAAAAAAUUAUCUUAAUCGGAUAAUGGGAACCUUUUCAUUUUAUCAUGUUUGUUUCCGAAAAAAUGGACAAUGAGUAUGUUUUUUAAAAUAGACCACUCAUAUUUUUUUGAGACAAACACGGUAAAGGAAAAUAUUACGAUUAUCGGAUUGAGCUAAUUUUUUUCAUAGAUGAUAUAUGCAAAAGAUCUUAUCGGAUUGAACAGUUUGGAUCAUCGAUACAAGACUUGUAGUGGGCCUUAUGAGCCACUGAAGUGAUGCCCAACUCUUAAAAAUUCCAUGCUUAUCCCCAAAAAUUUGUUUCAUCAAAUUUGGUGAAAAACUUAUUUUUGCCUUGAUUUGAUGAAAAGUUCGGUUAAAACUUGAUUUGAUACAAAUUUGAUGAAAUAAUUUGAGUCAUUGUCAUCAAAUUCAAAUUUGACACUAGAUUUGGUGAAGGAUGGGAGAUUGCUGUAAUGAAUUAUAAUAGUGACCAAAACUCAUCAUAGUUGUAAGGAAAAUGCUUGACUAAAAGGAAUUCUAGCAGUGGCAUUAAUUUGUAAUUAGUUAAAAUAGAAAAAGUAAUUUUUUAACUAAAAUUUGGCUGAAAUUUAACUUAGUUUGAUGGAGAUGCGUAUUCUCUGUUCUUGUUCUGGGUUAUGCACAGGGAAAAAUGACCAACAGUAAAGGAACACUAGUUAUUGGCUACAAUUCGUCGGAACAUACACCGGCAACAGAAUUAAUUGGCAGCAAUGUAGAUAUUCUAACAGAGAUCCUUACCUGUGUGCCAGCAAAGUUUGUCAUCAGAUUCAAGUGCGUGUCUAAGGAUUGGUUCUCCCUAAUCUCCAAUUCACCAUUUUCUCGCAACCACUCUAACCGAUAUCCCAGUGCCUUGUUCUCAGGACUAUUCAUCAACCCUGUUACAUCAUUUGACGAUGAAAAAGUCAAGUCUGUCUCACUUCACGGCCAACACCAAAGUCUUCCGACUUCGUCACUUCUUGAUGGUGUUGGAUUUGGGUCUGGUACAUUUAGGAUUGAAGACUCUUGCAAAGGCUUACUAUUAUGCUUGAAUGGCCCAACGUGUUUCAUUGUUUGUAACCCGACCACCUAGAAAUACACAGUACUUCCCUAUCAUGGUGGCACUACGACAUCUUCUAUACCAUUUCAUAACAAAGUUUGGUGUUUUCUUGAGUUCUAUGUUUGGUGGUUAUUUGGCUUUUGAUCCUUCAAAAUCGCCUCACUACAUUGUUGUAUUGGUAAGUUACAUUAGGAAUAGUGAUGGCUGCUUUUACUUAAUUGACAUAUACUCUUCGGAGAGCACUUCUUGGACGCACAUGCGUGCUGCUGCACCACCAGGUUACCCUUUCGCAAAAAAGGUAUUUUGGAAUGGUUCAAUUCAUUGGAUGAGUUACGAUAACGUUUACAUUCGAUUUGAUGUUGAUGCUGAGAAGCCAAUGGGAACUCGAAUGCCUUCAAACCCUAAAAUUCGCUCCGAAGAGAGAAUUUGGUAUUUUGGAGAAUGCUGUGGCCAUUUACUUCUUGUUCAGUGCUGUGAUAUGGGAUUCAGAAUUCUUGAGAUGGAGAGGAACUACUGUUAUUGGAUUGAGAAGUACCAGGUCAAU